ACUCUCUCAUCAAAACGUUAUUUAAUUAAGGAAAGUAAAUAUAUAAACAGAGGGGAAAAAACUCGCGUUCUCUAGGAGAUCAAUCACUAGAUCCGUCACCUCUUCUGCAUCCUCCACAAUCUCUCUGUGUUUCCACCGAAUCCAAAGGUUUAAGCUUUGCUCAAAGUUCGUGAAACCCUUCACGGAGAUGCCAAUUUAGAGAAUCAUAGAAAGAAAGAGAGACAUGGUGAAGCCAGCGGGAAAGCAGAGCUGUGGGCGCCUUGUGUUCGCUUCAUUCCUCGCUCUUUUGGCCUUCGGCCUCGUCGCCGACUUCCUUUGGGCCUCUUCUCAUCGCUUCUCCUCCGCCAUGAUCUCUCUCCCCUCCUCCGUAACCACCGUGGUCGGAAAACUCCCUCCUAGUUCCAAUGAGAAAGAUACUAAGAAGAAGAAGAACGAUAGUGCUCGUGAACGGAAGCUCUCUGCAACGUUUCAAGAUCUUCCUGCUCCUCAGCUACAUUGGGAGAAGAUGUCAGCCGCACCAGUGCCUCGUCUAGACGGAGCUGCGAUUCAGAUCAGAAACUUCCUCUACGUCUUUGCUGGUUACGGCAACAUUAAUCUCGUGCAUUCGCAUGUUGAUAUGUACAACUUCGUGGACAACACAUGGGGAGGAAGAUUCGAUAUGCCUAAGGAGAUGGCACAUUCUCAUUUAGGGAUGGUAACUGAUGGGAGAUUCAUCUACAUCGUCACUGGUCAGUAUGGCCCUCAAUGUAGAGGACCUACUGCUAAAACAUUUGUGCUAGACACUGAUACAAAUACAUGGAGUGACUUCAUUCCUUUACCAGUUCCUAGGUAUGCUCCAGCUACUCAGCUAUGGAGAGGUAGACUCCACGUGAUGGGUGGGAGCAAAGAGAAUCGACAUACACCAGGACUUGAACACUGGAGUAUCGCUGUUAAAGAUGGCAAAGCGUUGGAGAGAGAGUGGAGAAGUGAAAUUCCUAUCCCUCGUGGAGGUCCUCACAGAGCAUGUGUAGUAGUGGAUGACAAGCUUUUUGUGAUUGGUGGUCAAGAAGGUGAUUUCAUGGCUAAGCCAGGAUCUCCCAUCUUCAAAUGCUCACGCCGUUUGGAGGUGGUGUUCAGUGAUGUUUACAUGCUGGAUGAGGAAAUGAAGUGGAAAGUUAUGCCAUCAAUGCCAAAACCGGAUUCACAUAUUGAGUUUGCUUGGAAGGUGGUUAACAACUCCAUUGUGAUCGUUGGAGGGACGACAGAGAAGCAUCCUGAAACCAAGAAGAUGGUUCUCGUUGGCGAAAUCUUCCAGUUUAACCUGAAUACAAUGAAAUGGUAUGUGAUUGGGAAGUUGCCAUACCGUGUGAAGACUACACUGGUUGGGUAUUGGGAAGGGAAUUUAUACUUCACCUCGGGGCAACGAGACAAAGGUCCUGAAGAUCCUGCACCACGCAAGGUAAUUGCAGAGAUGUGGAGAACCAAACUGAUACUGAAUCCAUGAACAAAUGAGAUGGAGAGAGUGAGAGAAGAAACCUAUCUCCCUUUACUAAUGCAAAGUCACAAUACUUUUUGAAGUUCAUAUUCUUUGAGCCUAACUCAUCCCACUCCACAUAACACUUGCUAUGUCUAUCUUCUAUGUUGAUGAGGAAUUUGUAUAUUGUAGACUAAAACACACAAACUUAUAUAGAAAAUUUCAAUUUUUCCAACA